ACAUUCCUUCUCUUACUUUUGCAUUUUUUUUUUUUCCUUGAUUUAUUUCAAUUCGUUUCCCUCUUCUUCACUUUUUUGUAUUAUAUAUAGAUUAAUUGGGUCCUGAGUUAGAGACAAAGAAUCAAAGGUCGGGGUUUUCUUGGAUGGUGUUGGAGAUAUGGCGGUGGAGUUGAUGGGUUAUAGCGGUGAUAGUUUUGCAGCCAACAAGAUGGAGGAGAGUGCUAUGAGAGAAGCGGCGACUGCCGGGAUUCAAGGUGUUCAGGAACUGUUACGAUUGAUCUCCAAAAGUCAACCGAGGGACCGGAAUUUAGAUGCCUCUUUCAGGCAGCAGGAGCCUGCCGUGGAAAUCAACGCCGUUGCGGAUGUUGCGGUGACCCAUUUCAAGAAAUUGAUCUCUUUACUUGGCCGACCGAGAACAGGGCAUGCUCGGUUUAGAAGGGCUCCGGUGACUGCACCGCCGGAGCAACCGCGAAGAGAACAACCGGAGCAGAAGAGUCAGGAACCAGGUCCUUCCGUUCAAGUCCCCAAUCCUCAACCCAAAGAUCAGGUCUCUGCUUUCAGGGUCUAUUGCCCGACUCCAGUGCAUCGACUUCCUCCUCUGCCUUACAAUCACAACCCGAGCAAGACGAACAAGAGUGGUCCUGUGGAUCGAACCGAAACCCCAACCACCAUCAAUUUCGCAACUUCUCCUCCCAUUUCCGCUGCAAAUUCUUUCAUGUCUUCAUUAACAGGGGACACCGACAGCAUGCAUCCAUCCUUCUCUUCCGGCUUCCAGUUCACCAGUCCUUCGCAUGUUCCAUCUUCCGGUAAACCCCCCCUCUCCUCAUCCUUAAAACGAAAGUGCAAUUCAAUGGACGACACCGCUCUCAAGUGCGGAUCAUCCUCAGGCCGAUGCCAUUGCUCCAAGAAAAGGAAAUUAAGAGUAAAAAGAGUGAUUCGAGUUCCUGCAAUUAGCAACAAGAUGGCUGAUAUCCCUCCUGAUGAUUUUUCCUGGAGAAAAUACGGUCAAAAACCCAUCAAAGGUUCUCCUCAUCCAAGAGGUUAUUACAAGUGCAGCAGCGUACGGGGCUGUCCGGCAAGGAAACAUGUGGAGCGUGCGUUGGAUGAUCCAAUGAUGCUAAUCGUAACCUAUGAAGGCGAUCACAAUCACACGCAAAAUAUUUCAGAAACACCGGCGGCAAUGGUCCUGGAAUCAUCCUAGUCUCUCCACAGCCCCAUCAGACGGCUGUGGAAAACUCAUCAAGAAUUUAAUUCAAUCAAAGCCGUUAAAUGCACAGUAGAGUUUCUCAGAUAGUCAACGCAGCCGCUGGGCUCCUGUGUCCAAGAAAGAUUGAUUAGUGGGUACGCCACGGCUGUUUAAAGAAGAACCUAUAAAAAAAAAAAAAAAACAAUAUGGGAAGAAUCGUUGGUUUUGUUCCUCAAUUUUUUCUUUGUUUAGAAGGAAAAGAAAGAAUGAAUCAAGUAGUGGAAAUGGUUUUGUUUCUAUUUUUUAAAUGUUAUUACCAGUUUUUUUAUUUUUUGUCCUUAUGGAUGGAUAUAUAAUAUGUGGAUGAAUAUAUGUGGUGGUGGAUCUUGGUAAAGAUGCUAGCUAGCACUUAGCUUUGUCCCAAUGUCCACUAAGGAAAUGGUGCAUUUAUUUUAUGGGCAAGUGGCCCUUGGAGUCAAUGAGGAGAUAAGAAGGAAAAUCUGGAGUAUAUGUCGUGUAUGGAAUGGUUGACCCUUUUGAUGCCUUGAUUUAUCUAAUGUUUGAUGUUGAGUGGAGUGGAGGGUGACGG